AAUGAUAAUAAUAAUAAUAAAAACUGAGUCUUAAUUGGCACUUAGUAACGUUUUCUGACAGAGAAGAAACCUUUUUUCGCAUUAAGAUGGUUUCAACUUCCGAGUUUCUGUAGUUCUUCUCUGGCUCCGAGAGGCGCGCUGCACUCCUGACGUUGAAGUGUGUGCGUGGCACAGAGGAGGAGCAAGCGCGCCCCUCGAUGCGUAACGCGCACGCCCAAGCUCGCUUCGUCCUCCCCGUGCGUGAUCUGGCGUGAACCUGAUGAGGAGGAAGGAGUGUGGAUGUUUUUGACGUGGGCAGACGUGGUUCCGCAGUGGGAGCGCUGAAUGCUGCGCCGCGGAGCUCCUGGCAGGUGCGGCGGCUCUGUGCGCCAACAUGGCUGAUGGGAAACACGCAAAUGCGGCCGACAGCUUCUCAGAGACUGCCUUGAAAGAGUGCCUAGAUGACUGUAUGGAGGCUCUGGAUCUCUUCCUUAACAACCGCUUCAAUGAGAGUCUGGAUAAGCUGCGACCAAGAAUCAAUGAGAGCAUGUACCACGCUCUCAUCUACGCCACCGUGCUGGAAAUGCAGGCCAUGAUGACUUUCCAGCACGAAGACAUUUGCAACGCCGGACACACCAUGAAGAACGCUCAGGAGGUCUGUCAGAGGUUUCGGCGGAAAUCCUCAAGUUUGUCCAAUAAGUCAGCUGAUGAAUCCCUCUCUGAAGUGGAGCUCCAUGCUGAAGUUUGUUUUGCAGAGUGUCAACUACAACGAGCUGCUCUCACCUUCCUGCAGGAUGAGAGCAUGGUCAGCUUCAUUAAAGGAGGCAUGAAGGUGCGAAACAGUUACCUCAUUUACAAAGAUCUUCAUUCCUUCAUCAAAUCUCACAGCUGUCUCAAAGGGCCAUGCCACGUUCACUUAGAGGGAGGAAUCUCAUUUGGCGUUGGUGCUUUUAAUUUGACGCUGUCUCUGUUUCCUCCUCGGAUACUCAAAGUGUUGGAGUUUGCAGGUUUCUCUGGAGACAAGGAGUACGGUCUGUCUCUCCUGCGUGAUGGUGCCACAGGGUUGAACCUGCGCUCCAUGCUGUGUGUUCUGCUGCUGCUCUGCUACCACACCUUCCUCACGUUUGUUCUAGGAACUGGUGAGGGAGACUUGGCUGAAGCUGAAAGAUUGUUGAAACCAUUCCGGCUACGUUAUCCUGAGGGGGCCAUCUUUCUUUUCUUUGCUGGGAGAAUCGAGGAGAUUAAAGGAAACAUUGAUGAGGCUGUAGGGUUUUUUGAGAAUGGCUGCCGGGCCCAGCAGACGUGGAAACAGUUUCACCACAUGUGCUACUGGGAGCUGAUGUGGUGCUUCACCUACAAGCGCGUGUGGAAGGUGGCGUACUUCUACGCAGACCUGCUGAGCAAGGAAAGCCGCUGGUCCAAGGCCAUGUAUGUCUACAUGAAAGCCGCCUACCUCAGCAUGCUACCUGCAGACGAGGCCAGGCCUUUUGGGGAGGACGAGGUCAAGCUCUUCAGAAUCGUGCCGACGCUCAAGCAGAAGAUUGCAGGGAAGUCCCCCCCGACAGAGAAGUUUGCCAUCCGUAAAGCCAGGCGCUACAAGGCCCCCCAGCCCAUCAAACUCCCCGUCCCCGUGCUGGAGAUGAUGUACAUGUGGAACGGUUUCAGCAUGAUCAGUAAACAAGAGAGGCUGACAGAUGGGAUGCUGCAUACUGUGAUGGAGGCAGAGCGCACUCUGCUGGAAUCUCCUGAAAACGAGUACACAAUGGACGACCGCUGCCUGCUCCACAUGUUGAAGGGUCUGUGUUUUAAGAACAAAGGCCUCAUUCAGGCUGCAGAAGAAUGCUUCAACCGAGUGUGCUCGAGUGAAAAAAAGAUCAAGUUUGACCACUAUCUUGUGCCAAACUGCCUGGUGGAGCUCAGUCUGCUUUACAUUGACCAAGGCAGAAGAGAGGAAGCAAUCAAAACACUGCAUAAAGCCAAGCAUAACUACAAGGAUUACUCCAUGGAGUCCCGUACGCAGUUCAGGGUACACGCCGCUCUGGCUAAGCUCAAAGCUGACCCCGGAGACGAGGACAGCCACCUGUAAGGAGCCGUCCUCUUCCUCCUCUUCCUCUGGAAUCCAGAACGUUUUAGCCUCGUUUCAACCUCCGCACUCCGUGUUUGAGACGUUCCCAGAAGAACUUCUCUGGAGCUGUUUCUGUGCUGCCAACACUGGUGAAAGGAGAGCUGGGAAUGGAACCACCGAACGUGUUGGAAUGUUCAUUCAGGAGUUAUGAUUCUGCUGCAUAAAUAUUAGAAUCAACCUGUAGAUGUAGGAGAGAGGGGCUGCAGGUACGCAGAUUUGGAAAAAAAAACUGCCCUGAUAAACAGUUUGGAUUCUUUCAGCCAAAUGGAUUUAAGUUUUAAGUGGAUCAAUCAAACCAAAACUCAUUGAUUAGUUAUUUUGCAUAAAUAAAUUGAGCACAUGGAGAUUUUUGUUUUAUAUAUUUUAUGCCUUAAAAGAACAGAAAACUUCAGCGCUUGUGGGGAUUUUGGGGAUUCUCUCCUAAAUAAAACCAAUCAAAAUUAUUAUUAAA